UCCUCCUCCAUUUGGUAUAUUUGAGAAGAGAGAAGAGAGCGAGCCUGGGCUAGCCCAGAGAGAAGAGAAGAGAAGAGAGUGGACAAUAGUGAGGCACGCGUGGUUGUGGUUUGAAGGGAUGAACGUGGUAGCAAGCAAAGGAGCCGCCAAUGGCAGUCGGACCGUUUUGAUAACGGGGGUGAGCAAAGGCCUAGGCCGAGCCCUCGCCGUUGAGAUGGCCAAGAGAGGCCACACCGUAAUCGGCUGCUCCCGUUCUCAGGAUAAGCUCACCUCCCUCCAAUCCGAACUCUCCGACAAGCACCUCUUCCUCAGCGCCGACGUGAGCUCGAACAGCAGCGUCCAAGAGCUGGCUCGGGUUGUGAUGGAGAAGAAGGGAGUCCCGGAUAUCAUAGUAAACAAUGCCGGAGUCAUCAACAACAACAACAAGCUCUGGGAGGUUCCGGCCGAGGAGUUCGACAGCGUCGUCGACACCAAUGUCAAGGGGGUCGCCAACGUCUUGCGCCACUUCAUUCCUCUGAUGCUCAAGAGGGAUCCCGGUCCGGCCACCGGAAUCAUAGUCAACAUGUCUUCCGGCUGGGGCAGAUCCGGUGCCGCACACGUGGCGCCUUACUGUGCCUCCAAAUGGGCCGUGGAGGGUUUGACCCGGUCGGUGGCCAAGGAGUUGCCAAAGGACAUGGCCACUGUGGCUCUCAAUCCCGGUGUUAUACACACUGAUAUGCUUGUUUCCUGCUUUGGGCCGCAGAAUAUGGAUAGUUACCCGGAGCCUCGGGUUUGGGCCGUCAAGGCUGCUACGAUGAUAUUGCAUCUUACACCAGCUGACAAUGGUGCUUCUCUCACUGUCUGAGUAUGAGUGAGUGAAUCAGUCUAAUAGUGAUGAUGAUAGUACUAAUUAGUUUUUGUAUGACCCCUAUGACUAUGAAUGCUUGCUAUUGCAUUUAAUUCUGUAGUGAAGGUUUGGAGUUGUUAUAUAAAGGCUUGUCCACUAAUGAGCACCUGUUUCGGCUUUGUGGUUAA